GUGGGGGUCCACCAUGGCCGAGCCCCUGCUGAAGAGGACCUUCUCCAGGCUGAGAGGCAAAGACAGAUCGCGCAGGAAGACCGACCCCAAACUGAGCGAUGUCCCAGAUGUCCCAGUCAGGUCUGACUCUGUUCUCCAGACUUCUUCAUCACCGUCAUCACCAUCGAUGACGACCACAACGAGAACUCCAGCACCAGCGGACCCUGACCCCCCUUCAGCCCCGCGUAACCACAUCACAGUUGCUAAGAAACAGCAGUGGGCGAGGCAGGGCUCUGCAGCCUCCAGGCCCUCUGGCCGGGACCGCCCAUCAGGGAUAUCCCAAGAUGCACCUGUGCAGUCCUGGAACCAGAAGCUAGCACAGGACAAGACAGAGCAGUGCAGUGAUAGGAUGUGCCUCAGUCUGGCCUGGGAUAUGACCAGCACCCCCUGUGUUCCUGUAAGUUCUAUGACAGUGCAGCAGGAAGCUACCCAGCCACCAGGGAGCUCAGCUGAUGCCCCCACCACCUCCGUCAGCACCAAGCUGUCCGGGCAGCGUGCCUACCUGCAAAGCCUGGAUCGCAGCAGCCGAGCCUGGGUACUGUCUUCAGGAAAGUCCCAGGCUUCAGAUGAGGUCAGCGGUCCACAGGAAGACAGCAGCAGCAACAUCUGGUACAACCCAAUCCCUGAGGAGGAGGAUGCAGGGGGUCCACGCAGGGAGGAGGAGAUAUGGAGGAGGAGGGAUGAUAGAGAGGAGGGAGGAGCAACAAAGAGAGUGGGGCCAGGAGAUACUAGAGCAGAACUUGGAGCAGUGUGGGUUGAGUCAGCAGAGGUUCGUAGCAGUGACUCUCCCCUGGAGGGCGCCAAUCCAAGUGUCAGUCACCACAUUGAUGAUAUCACAGCAGAAAACACAGACUCGCCGCCUUCAGACUCUAGUCCCGCCUCCCAAAAGAAAGGGGGUGCGUCCAGCAGUGUGAUUGACAGACUGAGGUCUCCCGGUACAGUGAGGAAACUCUCCCUAAAGAUGAAGAAACUUCCGGAACUACGGCGUAAACUCAGCCUUCGCUCAUCCUCCCGUGCUCAUCGCCAGGGAAACGACAGCAGAGGAGGCGGGGAUGAGUCGACCAGUAAGAAUGUAACAUCAUCUUCGGUGUUGUCCAACCAGAAUGUGAUCAGCAGAUAUCACCUGGAUAGCUCUGCCCUUCCUGCCCGACCCCUGCGACGAUCAUCCAAAGGACGCUCUGCCAGUAAAGGAGGUUAUCUUAGUGAUGGGGACUCCCCUGAACUGCUGCCACGGCAACAAGGCCCUCAACCAAUGACUUCCCAGGAAACAGCAUGCGAUGUCAGUUCGUUCAGGUUGUACAUGGGCUCUGAUCCACCACGAUGCAGCCAGCGGGUGACGGGUUUACUGACCGUCCACCUGCUGGGCCUGGAGGAGAUGAAGACAAGCAGGUCGGAGGGCAGUAAGGAGGUCUUCCUGGCCAUCCAGAUUGAUGGGGUGACGAGAGCGAGGACCGCCCUCCUGAACCUGCGAGGGUCUGCCCUCUCAUUAAAUCACACCUUCCACCUGCAGCUGGAGAAAUCCCGUCAGCUCCGCAUCGUGGUGCUAACACCAGCAGCCAAUCCACAGGCAGUGGGAGGGUCUAAACAAGGGACAGAUCCUAGUCAGACUUCAGCCUGUCCAACCAGAAACAGAGUCUGCUGUCUGGGUGGCGUCUCCAUCCCUCCACUCUUCAAAGGGAGUCGUAGUCAGCAGCUCUGUGUGAAGCUGGAGCCCAGAGGACUUCUUUAUGUCAAACUGUCUCUACAGGAAAAAUGGGACACACAGUCCAGCAGUGAUACAUCAGCACCUGCUAAUGUGUUUGGGGUGGAACUUCACCAUCUGGUGGAGAAAGAAGGGUCUGCAGCUCUAGUCCCUCUACUGAUCCAGAAAACUGUGGCAGAGAUAGAGCGAAGAGGACUGAAGGUGGUGGGUCUGUACAGACUGUGUGGUUCUGCAGCGGUGAAGAAGGAGCUCAGGGAUUGGUUUGAGAGGAACAGUUCAGCUGUCUGUCUCAGCGAGGACCUCUACCCAGACAUCAACGUCAUUACAGGUAUACUGAAGGACUACCUGCGGGAGCUGCCAUCUCCACUCAUCACCAGGACACUGUACCAAGUGGUCAGGGAAGCCAUGACCCUACGACCCCCACCUUGCCCACCUGCGACCGCUGACCCUCAGCUGGCCCAGACUACUGUGGGGCUGCUGUCCUGUCUGCCACCUCCAGAGAGGGCCACCCUGUCUCUCUUACUGGACCACCUCAGUCUGGUGGCGUCCUUCAGCUCAUCAAACAGGAUGACCCACCAGAACCUCGCCGUCUGCUUCGGCCCGGUGCUCCUCACCCCGACACAGGAGGCCUGGAGGGGAGGAGGAGGGAGGGGAGGAAGAGGAGGAGGGAAAGGGUUCGGUCAUGGUGAGGAGAUAGCGAGUGCGGUGGAUUUUAAACGACACAUUGAGGCAUUGCACUACCUGCUGCAGCAGUGGCCAGUGCCAACACAUCGAGUCCCAGCAGAUGACCACAUCCACACCUCCCCUCCUCCCUCACCUGCCCUUACCCAUAACCCCCUGGACCUUCAGCCGCAGCAGCGGCGUCCCGUCCUGCGACUGGAUCUGCCUCAGAACCCUGAAAAGGAGGUGGUGGUGUCUCGUCGGGGUCGAAGUGGUCUGGCCCGGCUGGAGAGUCCGCCACCAAUUAACCGGUACGCCGGGGACUGGAGCAUCUGUGGACGAGACCUUCUAUCUGCACAGGAGGCGGACUACGACGAGGUUGCAGGAAGUGAGAGUGACGGAGGCAGCGGGGAUGAAGAGGAGGAGGAAAAAAAGGAGCUGUGGUCAUCAGGGGGAGGAGGAGGCCUGUUCGUGGACAACUUCAUGGAUUUUGAUGCCCCGUUUAACUGUCGACUCAGCCUGAAGGACUUUGACACUCUGAUCCAUGACCUGGACCGUGAGCUGGCCAAACAGAUCAACAUCUGUCUGUAGAGGGGGAGGAGGAUGGAGGAGAAGGGAGAGGAGGAGGAAUUGGUUUAAUCGGUGCUUGUUUAAUUCUCUCUAAAGUUGAGUCUGAAUUGAAACCAUUUGUUCACCACAUGAAUCUUGUAAAUCUGAAUUUAUGUAAAUUUGACCUCAAUUAAGUUUCACAACUUUACGCUCAAAUUCCUCCUCACGGCUUCCUCUGAUCUCUCUGCAGCAACUGAGGAGACUUUUUCAGCAAAGGCAAUGAGAGCUGAGCAACUAUUCAAGGCAACAGUUUCGUCAUCGGGAAACAAGACUGAAAGGAUUGCUGUAGGAGCUCGCGAUUCAUCAAAGAAAAAUAAUCUACAUGUUUUCUAUAAAAAUGAGAAAACUUUCAGAUAUGAAUGAGAUUUGUUUCUAUUUUUAUAAUAGUCACAGUUUGUUACUGACAAAGUUUUACUCAUAUUAACAAAUUAGACAGAUUUCAUCAAAGCAGAUAAGGCCUUGUGUCGUUUACGGCCGAGUCUCUGGAUGUUUCCUGACUGUUACAGGUCGUCAUGGUAGAAGAUUCUCCAGCUUCAGUCUGUGCCAAAAAAUAGCAAUGAAACCAGAUUAAUUUAUUUCUCUGUUCCAAAGGUAGACAUAGCUUCAGUGUUAUUACUGAAAUGAAGGAGGAGAGGUGUUGCUGUGGAGGAACUACAGGAACAAAAACCUUAGAGAACCACAUGGCUGGUCACCUCUUCAUAACAUAAUUAUUAGUGAUAAACAACUGAUGGGUAUCAGGGUCAGAUCAUUGGAUCAUGUUGGAGCUGUUUGCACUGUUGAAGCCAUAAUUUCACUUGCUGAAAAUUUAAGUGGAAGUGAACAAAUUGCAGAACUUGUUGCUCCGCUGCUUUUGUCUGUUCUGGGUCUACUGAUUGGCUGAAAUGUUUUGAUCCAUUUUAGCAGUUUGGUCAAUUCAGUGUGUCAGUGCUGUGUCUCUGUAGCAAGGCUAUACUCUGACGUAUAUGGAGCCUUAACUGUCACGGUGAGAAAAUAUUCCUGAACUACUUUUGGGUUAAGUCAUAAUGUCUUUUGAUUUCCCCUGAUCUCUGAGCUCUUACCUACCGUGACCAGAGCACAGCCAAGGCUUCCUGCAGAGUUAUGGAUCUGAGAGAGUGUAAAAAGUACCGUACUUCCAAGGAACACAGAACAUAUUGGGAGGUAAUGCAGAAGUAGUUCAGAGAAAAAACUCCCUCCGUGACAUUUGAAAAUCCAGAAGAACCUCUGAAAAACCAAAGAGAUGCGGAGAUCUUUAUAUGAGUUCAAUCUUGAUUUCAGAGGUGCUCACACAAUUAUGGACUUCUUACAUUAAUGAAACAUACAGCAGUGGAUUCUUGAAGUGCCAUACAUGAAAAGGAGCUUCAAGUUUCUUAGAAGCUGAAUUUAAUAUUUUAUUGAUGAUUAACAAGCUUUAAAAAUGUGCUAUGACAUGACAUGAUAAAAACCUCUGACACUGGCUGAUAAUGACUCCAUACAAUGUUCUUUUUUUUUUUACCAUCCUCACCAUGUAGCAUGUUCAAUACCUCGACUGUUUGUCUUUAAAAAAAACGCCAAAGACCUGAAGGGAGAGCGAGAGGCUUAUCUCACCACAUCCACUGAGUCAAGGAGAAAAACUCCUCUGCCCUCACCUAAAUGGACGAAUGAUGAAUUAUUAAUGUCUUCAUUGACGUUUCACAGUUUAACAAAAAUAGGAAGGUGCAUAAUGGUUGUGUGCAUUAUCAGAUACAUAAGCUAAAAGGCAAAAACGGUCUCAAGGAAAAGCGAUGCCGACACAUUGACUCCAUGCUGCAAAUAAAUGUCUUCAUCAGGGUUUUUUUCUUUUUUUUUUUUUUUGAAGGUGGGGCUCCUUAUUUUUCCAGAAAAACAACAAGCAUGAAUCCAACAGACCUGUAUCAUAUUCUGUUAAAGCCAUAUUCCUCCAGAGGGCGCUGGGAUGUCACCCUCAGGCAGGAUCCCUAUAACACGUUUAUUUAACACAGCAGAUCGCCCCCUUCAGGUCUCUGUUGGUCCUGCAGCACCUCCUGCAGGUCUUUGCUGGUCUUGCAGUGCACCCUGCAGGUACAGCAGCAGAGUGGUGAGCAGUGACAGCAGGUCUUCAGUAUAUUUUCAUGGUACAGAGUUUUUAACUGUGACGAGUUUGUGGAGUGGCAGCAGGAAAACGAGGCUCACAAUGUCACCGUUGUUUUGACAGUAUUACUUUUUUUGCACAAACUUCAAUAAGCACUUAUGUUUUUUAUUGACGAGGAUGAUGUUUCUAUGCAGAUGAUGUAACCGAAGUGUUGAAGCACAGUUCCUGUUGGAACAGACCACAGCAGUCUGUCUGUAUGUCUUAUUAACCUGAACAACUAUUAAACACGUUAUUAUUAA